AAGUUUGUUUUUACAGUUUUGAUGUUCAUAUUUGAUUAUCAAAACUUGAUUAAAUUGUAUUUUAUAUUUUUAUCUUUGUGUUUAUGAGUUUAAUAUGUUUUUAAAAAGGUGAGAUUAAAUUACACUCACUCCUCUGUUUCUUGCUUUUAUAAAUGUGUACAGUUUUACCUUAUUCACCUUGAUUUAUACCGAUUAAAAAACCUAUCUUCAUCUGGUAACGUUACUGCUAGACGUUUCAUCAAGGUAUGUCCUGUAUAAGCCACAAGUUUGCCCUUCAAACACGAGACUGUGAAGUUUUUUACAGUUAACUUAAAAUCUCUGUCUGUUCAUUUUGGUGGGAAUGUUGAACCGGUGAAAUUUAAGUGCCAUUAGAUAGACAUAUAAUUAUCUCAUCAUUACUAGUCUUGUAAUCCUAUGAAGCUGCAGAAAGAAAUUUAUGUCCAGAUUGUAGUUCAUGAUGUCGCCUGAGAAAGCUGAUAAAGUCACCAAUGUUUCCGACUUAAUUGGCUCAUGGGGUCCACUUCAGAAGAAAAUUUUUGGACUGCUUGCCAUUAUCUAUGUUGUUGCUCCCUUCAAUUACUUGGGCAUAACUUAUUAUGCCUUGAAAGAUGAAAUUUGGUGUGAACAAAAUAACGGAACCAAAAUUAUUUUGCAUUCAGACAAGUGUACGUUUGAUGAACUGGAGUCAUGUAAGCAAUGGGGCUUUGAAACAGAUCGUAUAACUAUUUCUAGAGAAUGGAACAUGAUUUGUGAGCGUUAUUGGUUAAAAUCAUUCACCUUGUCUGUUUAUGUAUUUGGUUAUUUGAUCUCUGGUAUCGUAAUUGGCUAUAUUUCCGAUAAAUUUGGCCGAAAAUUUGCAUUGGCUUGUUCCGUUUUCCUCGAAAUAAUAAGUCAGAUUGGAAUCAUUUUUACUUCAAAUCUUUACGUUUUCAUUGUAUUAAGAGUGAUUGACGGUAUCGGGGGCUAUGGAAGGUACAUUGUUGCCCUGAUUCUUUGUAUGGAAAAUGUUGGUCCAAAUCAUCGUGGUAAAAUGGUAAUCAGCUUUGAAUGGCUUUGGUAUAUUGCUACUUAUGUGAUGAUUAUUACUUGCUACUUCGUUCUUGAUUUUCGCACCAUUUUCAUUGGAAUCACAAUUUAUCAGCUGGCAACAUUGAUUGCAAUUUAUUACCUUCCUGAGUCACCUCGAUGGCAGUUAAUCUCUGGUGAUAAGACAAAAGCUGGAAUAAUAUUGAGACAAUAUUCUGAAUUGGAUGAGGAUAUAUUUAAUGCUAAAUUUGGUCAGCUUUGUGAAAAUUUGAAUGAAUUACAACUAAAGGAGAAAGAAAAUGAAAAAUUCAAUAUCUUUCGUUUAUUCAAAUACAAGGAAACCAGGAAAAUAUUUCUAUGUUUCUUGGUCAUUUGGCUGAUGCGAUCAUUCGUUGAGGAUGGAAUAUAUUAUGUUUCAUUUGAUCUAUCUUCUUCCGUAUUUAUUAAUAACGCAAUAUUCACCGCAUUUGCUGCUGCAACCAAUCUCUACAUGACAUAUUCUGUAGACAAAUAUCGACGUAAAGUUUUGUUAAUCGCUGGCCUCAUAUUAUCAUCAGUUUCUCUUGCCCUAGCCAUACCUUUUGCCAAUUCAGAUAAAAUGUUCCCAAUGGUUCUCUUUGUUGCUCUGGGCAAUUGCUUCAUUACAUCCACAUACAGCCUUAUUUAUACUUACACACCAGAAGUUUUUCCAACUCAGAUAAGGAAUGUUGCCGUUGGAAUAUGCUCAUCAGUUGACAAAGUUGCUUCGAUUUUUGGUACCUUUAUUAAUCAAGUGACUGCUUCGUACAAUUUAAAAGUGACUCUAAUUGUUUUAGCGAUUCCUGGUUUAAUUGCAGCCGGAUUCACCACUUUACUAAAUGAGACCAAAGGAGUCGAAAUUCCGGAUACAAUUGAAGAAAUGAUUCAAAUAAACUCAAAGAAAAAUAAACGCACUAAUAAAUAACUUUGGCCAAAAAUUAA